AUGCAUCGUCCGUUGUUUAUGCAUAUCGUGGGUGCUUUAGAGAGAAGAUACCUGUAUUUCAGGACCUGGGAGGAUGCGGUUGGCAAACCCGGUGUCACGCCCUUACAGAAGUGCACUGUCGUAAUCAGGCAACUGGCGUACGGAGGCGCGGCCGACAUGUUCGACGAGUACCUUCACAUUGGCGAGUCGACAGCCGUCGAGUGUCUGCAGAAUUUUUGCGCGGGCCUUAGAGCGAUAUUCGGGGAGCGGUAUCUUCGGAGCCCGAGCCCCGAAGACUGCCAGAGGCUGAUAGAUAUGCAUGGGUCGGUGCACGGGUUCCCUGGGAUGUUGGGCAGCAUAGAUUACGAUCAAGCAUCCGCUCGGACAAAAGAAGACAUACCUUGCGACCGUCAGGAGGCAGCGCGCAAGGAUGUGGAGCGGGCAUUUGGUGUGCUCCAGAGUCGAUGGGCGGUAGUGAAGGGUCCUUCACGGCAGUGGUAUAUUCCCAACAUCGGCGAUGUCAUGUACGCAUGUAUCAUAAUGCACAAUAUGAUUGUCGAAAAUGAAGCUGCGAAAUUGACUCAGUGGACCAAUGAAGAUGAUACGGGUGCCGGUCCAAGGCACGGCGUGGCCACCGCGAAUGUGAAUAUGGGGGUACCUCAUGGAGAGGUCAAGAGGAUGCGCGCAUUUACCGACAUGCGGCAAACAGAUUCCCAUGUUCGACUUCAGCACGAUAUCAUCGAAGAGGUUUGGACGCGGAGGGGUGGGCAUUGA